AUGGGUGGAAUUACUCUUGAAGAGAUAAAAAAUGAGACCGUUGAUCUGGAAAAAGUUCCGAUAGAAGAGGUGUUUGAGCAGUUGAAAUGCUCCCGGGAAGGGUUAAGUUCCGAUGAAGGAGAUAACAGGAUUCAAAUUUUUGGCCCCAACAAAUUGGAAGAAAAGAAGGAAAGCAAAAUACUUAAGUUUCUCGGUUUUAUGUGGAAUCCACUAUCAUGGGUCAUGGAAGCUGCAGCUAUAAUGGCAAUUGCACUGGCUAAUGGAAGCGGACAGCCCCCGGAUUGGCAAGAUUUCGUUGGUAUUAUUUGCUUGCUCGUUAUCAACUCGACUAUCAGUUUCAUUGAAGAGAACAAUGCGGGAAAUGCUGCUGCAGCUCUUAUGGCUGGUCUUGCUCCUAAAACAAAGGUCCUCAGAGAUGGUCGAUGGAGUGAGCAGGAAGCCGCCAUUUUGGUUCCUGGAGAUAUUAUUAGCAUUAAAUUGGGAGAUGUCAUUCCUGCUGAUGCUCGUCUUCUUGAAGGCGAUCCAUUAAAGGUUGAUCAAUCCGCACUCACAGGAGAGUCACUUCCUGUCACCAAGAAUCCUUACGACGAAAUUUUCUCUGGUUCAACAUGCAAACAAGGUGAGAUUGAAGCUGUGGUUAUUGCUACGGGUGUUCAUACCUUUUUCGGGAAGGCAGCACAUCUUGUGGAUAGCACCAACCAAGUUGGGCACUUCCAGAAAGUGCUCACUGCUAUUGGUAACUUCUGCAUUUGCUCCAUUGCGGUUGGAAUGCUAGCCGAGAUUAUAGUCAUGUACCCGAUUCAACACAGGAAGUACAGGCAGGGGAUUGACAAUCUCCUUGUUCUGUUAAUCGGAGGCAUUCCUAUUGCCAUGCCUACUGUCUUGUCCGUCACAAUGGCCAUUGGAUCUCACAGGCUAUCACAGCAAGGUGCCAUCACAAAGAGAAUGACUGCCAUAGAGGAAUUGGCUGGCAUGGAUGUCCUAUGCAGUGACAAGACUGGGACUUUGACUCUCAAUAAGUUGACCGUCGAUAAAACCUUGAUUGAGGUCUUUGCUAAGGGCGUAGACCCUGAUCAAGUUCUGCUUCUUGCUGCAAGGGCUUCUAGGACUGAAAAUCAAGAUGCAAUUGAUGCUGCCAUUGUCGGUACCCUUGCUGAUCCAAAGGAGGCACGGGCUGGUAUCAGGGAGGUCCAUUUUUUCCCCUUCAACCCCGUGGACAAGAGGACUGCUUUGACUUACAUUGAUUCAAAAGAUAACUGGCAUCGAGCUAGCAAGGGAGCCCCGGAACAGAUUUUAACUCUCUGCAAUUGCAAGGAAGACCUCAAGAAAAAGGUUCAUGGCGUUAUUGAUAAAUUUGCGGAGCGCGGUCUUCGGUCAUUGGCAGUUGCAAGACAGGAAGUGCCAGAGAAAUCAAAAGAAAGCCCUGGUGGUCCAUGGCAGUUUGUUGGGUUGUUAUCCCUAUUUGAUCCUCCCAGACAUGACAGUGCCGAGACCAUCCGCCGUGCCCUCCAUCUUGGUGUUAAUGUGAAAAUGAUUACAGGCGAUCAACUUGCCAUUGCUAAAGAGACUGGGCGCAGGCUUGGUAUGGGAACAAAUAUGUACCCCUCCGCUUCAUUGCUUGGGCAACAUAAAGACGAAUCCAUUGCUGGCCUUCCUGUUGAAGAGUUGAUUGAGAGGGCAGAUGGUUUUGCUGGGGUCUUUCCAGAACACAAAUAUGAAAUAGUGAAGAAGUUGCAGGAGAGCAAGCACAUUGUUGGAAUGACGGGAGAUGGUGUCAAUGAUGCACCAGCUUUAAAGAAGGCAGAUAUUGGAAUUGCAGUUGCCGAUGCUACAGAUGCUGCAAGGGGUGCUUCCGACAUUGUACUCACUGAACCUGGGUUGAGCGUUAUCAUCAGUGCAGUAUUGACCAGUCGAACUAUUUUCCAAAGAAUGAAGAACUAUACAAUAUAUGCAGUCUCCAUCACAAUCCGUAUUGUUUUCGGUUUCAUGCUAAUUGCUUUGAUUUGGAAGUUCGAUUUCUCUCCAUUCAUGGUUUUGAUCAUUGCCAUCCUCAAUGAUGGAACAAUUAUGACAAUCUCAAAGGAUAGAGUAAAGCCAUCUCCAUUGCCUGAUAGUUGGAAAUUAAAAGAGAUAUUUGCAACCGGCAUAGUACUUGGAGGUUACCUUGCACUGAUGACUGUUAUAUUCUUCUGGAUUAUGAAGGAAACUAACUUCUUCUCGGAUAAGUUUGGUGUAAGAUCUAUUAGAAAUAGCGAACACGAAAUGAUGGCUGCUCUUUACCUACAAGUGAGUAUUAUCAGCCAGGCUCUGAUUUUCGUGACUAGAUCACGAAGCUGGUCGUUCAUGGAACGCCCUGGACUACUGUUAUUGACUGCUUUUGUCAUCGCUCAGCUGAUUGCAACUAUAGUUGCCGUUUACGCCAACUGGGGGUUCGCCAGAAUCAAAGGAUGUGGUUGGGGAUGGGCUGGUGUAAUCUGGCUUUACAGUAUUGUAUUCUAUUUGCCGCUAGACGUAAUUAAGUUUUCCAUUCGUUAUAUCUUAAGUGGCAAGGCCUGGCAGAAUUUGUACGAGAACAAGACUGCCUUCACCACCAAGAAGGACUAUGGCAAAGAGGAGAGAGAAGCACAGUGGGCUCUUGCGCAAAGGACCCUACAUGGCCUUCAAGCCCCAGAGACAACUAAUCUUUUCAACGAGAAGAAUAGCUAUAGAGAACUUUCUGAAAUCGCAGAGCAGGCCAAGAGGAGAGCUGAAAUUGCAAGGCUUCGGGAGCUGCACACACUCAAGGGUCAUGUCGAGUCAGUAGUGAAGCUUAAAGGCCUCGACAUCGACACGAUCCAACAACACUACACCGUGUGA